CCACUAAGCUCCACACACCGGCCGCGAGCCACACCGUCACACUCGACUUCCAUGCGUACCUAACCGUGGCGUCCGCCGUGACAACCGAAAACACAUCGUUGAGGAGGUACACGACCCAGCCCAUCUCGCCACACGAGAGCAUGGUCGUGAUGGGGCUGGGCGGGGUGGAUGUCAGUUGAGUCAGCCCAACGUGGCGUUGCACGAGCUCCAACGAUGCCGUCGACAAGAUGCAGGUGGCAGUGAUGCCCCGGAGGAGCAUCAGCGGUCGGCCAAUCCACACCAGCCCCGCCACGCGGUUCAGCUUGAACAUGUUGCGACCCUCAAUGUGGCCGCGGGCCGCCACAAUCGUCGCCGUCACAACCACAGCCACGACCAACAUCACCAAAGUAAAGUACUGAAUAGCCCACCGAACGUAGUAUGCCACGUUUUGAGGAAUCUCGAGCGCAUUCACUUCAAAUUGUACGUUCAGUGGCCGACCUGACACGACCGUCAGGCUGGUGAAUUCGCCGUCAAAUUGCACGACUUCGCGGUACCCAAGGACCCAUUCAAACAUGUACAGCCACGCAAAAAAGUCGAACGUGGGGUCGUCGAACACACUGACAUGCGACAACACAACUUUGUUUGAUUGGCGACUGUCGCUUGUGUACUGGACGAGCUGGGGCGAAUAAGUCGUUUGAAUCGUUCUCUUCGUGGUCUCGGCGAGGUUUGCCAAGCGUGUGCGCUGGCUGGGCAGCAUGGCCGAAGCAAAGAACGCCACUCCUUGCACCAACACUUCGUUGCAGCUACGUUGAUUGUGCGUGUCAUGGAUACACGUGGCUUCGGGGGGGAUGGAGGUAUGCGCGAGAAGGGCCGCCAUGGUCGUGCCCAUGGUGUUGGUCAUUUCUUCAAUCCCAUUGACAGAGCACGAUCCGUCCAACGCAAAGUACUGAGCAAUGGACGGUUCAAUGUUAGUGCUGAGCCCACACAUGAAAUUUCCCCCCAAGUGACCCUGGCCCUGCCAUGCGGUCGGUCCUGGACUCAUAAUGUACACCAGUUGAAUCGACAUGAACUCGUUCAUUGCCGUGGCGUUCUCUCCAAUGCAGGUUAAGAUCGCUUCUAUCAAACUGCGAUACAGGGACCGCAACGCCAGUGGCGGGGCGAUGCGUUUCAUCGACGUCGUGCCAAACGGGCCAAACAUGGCCCUGGUCAACGCCAGCCCUUGGUUCAACGGAAAUGCUAGCGUGCCGUUCCGGGCUAACAGCCCUUCGACACUGGACGAGUUUGAAAACGCAAACUGGGGACUGGACCGGACCAAACUCCCCGCCUUACCCGACGACACGUUGUGGAACAUCGCUCCCCAAAGUAGCCUCGCAAGCGGCCAUUGCAUACGAAACGACGUGGCGGUCGACAACGAUUGAUAGAUUGGCAGGAGCUUUCGAAUAGUGAAUGGAUACGCUAAACCAAACGCGUUUUGGAUCAAGGCAGUCUCGGUGAUGCCCAUUUGCUUGUAGUUUUGCCAGUGAGGGGAGUACGUAGUCACGUGAAACGACAGCCACGCGGCCACUUCAUCUGGCACGGGGACCUUGGCGUCGAGCGAUGUCAUGGCGACGACCCAUGCUCGGCCCUUGGACGUUGCUUGGAGGUGGCCAAAGACUCCGGUUUGCAACGCCUCCCCCCAGCAUUGUUCCAUCGUAGCCCAGUUGGCAUUCCGAAGUAUCGAUUCCAAGUAGACGGCGCCGUUGGUCGCAUCGAGUUGUUUGCACUUUAGCUGGCGGUCGGCUGACACGGCCAUCUCCCAUGACUGAUCAAAAUCGACAAAACAGUACGACGAGGCAAUCCACGGCAAG